AUGCGAGGAAUGAAUUUUCAGGCAAAUGGUACUGGUUGCUUCAACCUUCUUUGCAGUGGCUUUGUACAAGUUCAUGAAGGGCUCACUGUCGGUUCAGUAAUUGACACGGUCUCUCAAUAUGGUGGCGAUCAAUAUACACUUGACCUUAUCAUUCAUCAGGACAAAGAGACAGGCGAUUGGUGGCUACAAGGUGGAAGUGAACUUCAUAAUAUAGGAUACUGGCCAGGUAACAUAUUCCCUGACAUGGGUAAAGAUCAAGGUGCCAGUUUUGUUGCAUGGGGAGGAUUAACCAGAACUUCAUCAAACAAUUCCCCACAAAUGGGUAAUGGGCACUUCCCAGUGGAAGAGUAUACAAAGGCUUGUUCGGUUGUAAAUGUCCAGGUCACUGAUGAAAACUAUACACUAAGGGAUGUGACUUCGGACGAGAUUGAAGUUCAUACAGACAGUAUCGAUUGUUAUUUCGUAAAAUUCGGUGGUUUCUUAAUCAAGGAAGACAGGAUAGGCUUCUUGUUUGGUGGACCUGGAGGAGACAAAUGUCCCGUUAGUUAA